GUGUUCAAUCGCUUGCGGAGUGUCAUUCGGUUCACCAACUCGCAACGUCCAGGGCACGUGAAAAGGGAGCGUACGGCACGCGAUCGAGAGUGUCAAUUUUCUAAUCAGAAAAGUGUGUGUUUUUUGUGUGUGACGGAAGUGCAACUAAGCAGUGUGAAGCAGUGUUAGCUGGGGAAAAGUGCAUCUUGGGUGGUCGUGUGCGUGUGUGUGUGUGUCUGUGUGUGUACAUUGAUUGAUCGAUUAAAAUUAACGCGUGUGUGAUCUGCAGUCAAACCCGGGAACCAGUCGAACGCCACGACACGAAGAUUGAAGAUUGAUGGUGAGCGAAAUUAUCCACUUUGCAGCCAGGGUGUUUGUGGCGUGCGCCGGUCGACUGCAGGAGAGGAACCAGGAACCGAGGGGCUGUACACCGAAACGAUAAUUCAAUUUAUUUCGACAACGACGUCGUGCGAGACAGAAAGCCAUCGAGCCCCGGACGGAUUGUUCCAGCGAGCAACGGGCGGGUGCUCGAGUUAGUAGUCCCUCAAAGUCGGGUCGGGUGAGUUGGGUGGCGUUUGUGGCGUGCUUCGUUCGACUAAUUAAGAGUGUCCGGCGGUCGGUGCAUCUUUGCCGGUGGGGGGGACUGUCUUUUGAAGUGGUGCUUUGUCGGUGUCGGUGUUUCGGUUUAUCGGUCGGUUAUUGAACCAAAAAGCCUCAAUCGAGUCGUGCCAAAAUUGUCCAACAAUCGGCCAUCGAUCGGAGUGACACAAUCAAGGAAGUGGUGCUAAAUUUUACAAGUGUUUUCGGUGUGUCGGUUUGUGUAUGUGUGUGUGUGCGUGUGUGCCUCUCUGGACUGGAUUCGAUAAUGAGAAUAUAAUCCAAUUAAAGUGUCCCCGUACGUUAAGCGAGCGAAAUAGGAAAAGCGAAGGUGUCACCUGCGUGUGCGUGUGUGUGUGUGUGUGUUUGUUCAUUACAUCGACCUGUGUAUUAAAGCUUUCCCUCUGUAUAUUUUUUGCAAAAUAAAACCAGAAAAUAAACAGUGAGUGAUCGUGCCAUAGCAAAGUGUUUCUUGGAAGCCAGAAAGUGAAACAAAACAAAAAUCCAUCAAAAUUAGUGCUUAGUGGUUUGGUGUUGCCAUAACACCAUGCUACAGGAAGUGCAUAACGUGUGUUAAUAUACCAGUGCCCGUGUCCAUUCACCAGCGGAACAGGGAACAGCAAACGACCGCGGAAGGGAUAACUGCCAACCACGCCAGCAUUCGUGUCCAGCUGACCAAACAAUGAUUACUCCCCGGAUUACCAUGACACGGAUGCAGUUUGGAUUCAAUUUCCUGCUGCUGAUUGCCGCAUCCUCGAUUAAUGGCAAUCAACAAAUCUCGAAAAGUGACGCCCUGAAGCUGACGCCCGAGGAGGAGAUGGCCCACUUCGUCAACCAGUCGCGCAUGGUCACCUGCAGCCAUCCGGACCAUCCGGAGGUGCGGCUCAAGUGGCGCAAUCCGAAAAAUGCCAUCAUUAGCGAAACCAAGGGCCGGGUGCACAUCGAGGAUAAGGGCGACUCGCUCGCGCUGAUAUUCGAAGCGAUUGCCCGCACCGACCAGGGCAACUGGACGUGCGAGGUGGACGUCGAGGGGACGGCCACUGCCACCGAGGGUCGGGUGACCGUGCCGGCGCUACGAAAAUCCUUUAAAAUGAUCGUUUACGAGCCCAUCUCGUUCCGGGAUACCAACACGGUGCAGACGGCGGUCGAAGAUAAGGACGCGACCAUCCGCUGCGAGGUAAAAGGACAUCCGGAACCAUCCGUUUCCUGGUACUUUAACGGCCAACCCCUGUUCUUCUCCAACAACGGACGGUACAGCAAGCUGGCCGACGGUAUGUCCAUCAAAAAGGUAGUCCAGAACGAUAGCGGCGAGUACACGUGCAAAGCGUUCCAGAUCUCGGCCACCGGUAGCAGCUUCGAGGAGAAGACGAUUCGCCUCAACAUCAAACACAAACCGUACAUGCCACCGUGGAAAAAAUCCAUCUCGGACGCGUACGGGUACGUCGGUGGCAUGGUGAACCUUACCUGCGAAGCGACCGCCGAACCGCCGGCCAACUUCAGCUGGUCCGCCAACAAUAAAAAGCUCACCCCGAAAAGCCACAUCAUUUACAACGGGCGCCACGUGUCGAUGCUGCAGAUCAUGAUAAAAACCAGCAGCAUAUUCGGCAAGUACAAGUGUGAGGCGAAAAACGAGCUCGGGUCAGUGACGCAAGAGAUCCACCUGAAGGAAGGCACCAAACCCGAUCCACCGAGUCUGUUUCAGCUGCGCGGUGUCAACUCGGACACGCUCGACAUCGACGUCGGCGCUACAAAGUCCCAUGACAUCCCGCCCGACCCGACCACCGUCAUCGGGUACCGGUUCGAGCUGAUGCCGACGGACGAAUACUUAAAGUCCCGCUCGUGGGACCACGCCAGCCGACGUGACUUCGACGUGGCCGACGGUGCCACCUAUCUGCUCGUGCAGCUCAUACCCGACACCAAGUACCUCAUCCGGGUGGCGGCCCGCAACGCGGCCGGCCUGAGCGACUGGACCGAGGUGAAGGAGUUCUCGACCCACCCGGUGCAGCCGCACGGUACGAGCGGCUCCUGUGCCCAACCCACCGACGCGUGCUUCAAGUUCGUCUGGCUGCUGGCCGUGGCGCUCCCGGCGGCCCUAUCCAUCACGCAUCACCGGUUUGCCGACCUGACGAAGGGACGGUUUUAAAUCCCCUCCCCCUGCAAAACCCCCCAGAGUUUCCCCAUCGGUUCGCGAAACGUAACCUUAAUGCGGGGAAGCUAAUGCGUUGGUGGGUGUACAUUCACGCCCACACGGGAAAUUAAACCAAAAAAAAAGGUAAGGGAGAAAUUGGCUUCACAUCGACAAACACUUUGCCACACACACACACACAACUGUCUUCACACGUGCGUUUACGCCAGUUCGGGUGCUUCCUACACACCAACACACCAGGUUGCAGGCGAAUGAUCGAUCGGGCAUGAUGACGAAAUCCCCGCAUCGCAAGCGGCGCGUCCGUGAGUGGCGUCGUACAUGAUGAGAAAAGUUUUUAGUGUCACUUUACGGAAAUUACACUCGUUUAGCGCGCGAUGGUAGUUCAUCUUCUCCUUAUGACAUACACAUACACUCACCAGCACGAAGAAAAUGUUGCGUAAGGCUCUAAUGCAUCAUCCAAAAGUGGUACUGUAAGAUCAGAAAGAGGAGCAAAAAACAUCUCCAGCAUCGGACGUAAAAUCGCAUUUCAUUGAGAAACAGAGAUUUAUGGCGACAAAAAGAAACAAACAUAAACACUAUUAAAAACGAACGUUGUAGUGCGGAUUGCCAGACUUCAGGCGCAUCGUAAAUGCAAAUUGAAUUCGUUGCGCUUAACAGUAUGCAAUGCGCAAGUAAUGAAGGCUCCUUUAUGCACAGUAAACUCGGUACAGAGAUACACAUGGAAGGACACACCAACACACAGAAACACAUCCCUAGAGCCAAAGAAAACCCGUCUCCCUUUAGAAGUUUAGAUAAGUAUCGAAGAAGAAGAAGAAGAAGAAGAAGAAGAUAACAUUUCCGUAUGUUUUUACGUGUAUAUUAACUAGUUGCAGGAUGCAGAGUGUACGAGGAUGUGUUCACAAAAACACACUCCGAGCAGAUAGUGUGCGUAUGUGCGUGCGUGUGCGUGUAUAGGUAAUACAAAAAAGUUACUAUAGAUAAAAAGGGGUCCCACGGGGGGACUAACUGCACUAGCUAGAAGAUAAUUAUGGCCUGUUGUGUUUUUGAUAUCUGUUUAUGAAUGGCAAGAACGUUACACCCUUCACCCUCUUCCCCCGCGUAAUAACGUGUUAAGAAGGAAGGAAUUAAUAGAAAACAACACCCACACUCACUGUUCACACUAGUGAUGUGCUCUCUGGAGCGCGCACCUACGACUCCGAUCUGACUCCAACUAUUGUUAGUCCAAUUCCGACUCCGACCAAAUCGGAACCACUAGUUCCGUCUGGAGUCGUAGUCGCCCAGAGUCAUCCGAAGUCGCCCGGAGUUGUACAGAGUCGUUCGGAGUCGUUCGAGGUCGGCUGUAGUCGUCCAGAUUCAUUCGGAGUUGUCUGGAGUCUGCUCUAAGUGAUCUGGAGCCGUCCGGAGUCAUCCGAAGUCUGGAUAAUGCUGGACGCACCUACCUUCCAAAAUUUUCAACUCGGUCCCAAAACUUUUGGAUUCGGAUGGGAAUCGAUCCCGGAUGUUUGCCAACUGUACACAUCACUAGUUCACCCACAAGCAAAACCCCCAACCACACCUUCCGAGGAGAAAUGCGCAACUUUAUUGCAUCGUCACCAGCCGUUCGCCAGUUGUUUUCCCGCAGCAAGAACUCCCUGCCAAGCAGGAACUUUUCCUCCCAAAAGCCUUCCACUCAAUUAUCGUGCGGCGAGGAAAACAUGAAAAAGAAAAACCAGUGCUUCGUUUAUUAAAUUCUUGACCUCCUUUUCUCGGGAAUCAACUCAUUAGCUGACCGUGUCCGUCGCAGGCGUGUCGGCGGUGCCGGCAUCGUUUUGGGCACUCACAGACACUCACAUAAUCCACCGUACUGGCUGCACCUGCUUACCUGCUGCCUAGCGAAAGGAACUACCAACACCCGGACCCGGGCAGGCAGCCGCAGGAGGGGAAAAUAAGUUGCUCCUAACAAUUGGUUUAGCUUCUUGCUGUAGCGACCCCGCUGUAGUGUUUUAUGUCCGCGCUGUCCGGAUUUUGGAGCGAGCGAUCGUUAGCGAAAACGAACUCUAAUCCUUCUCCGACAUUCAAGCGCAAGCGGAAGAGUGUUCUGAGCUGGCCUGGAGAAAACAGGAACGAGGUGCUAAGUCGUGAGACGUUGCAGUGUUUCCGGUAGGUUGUUGCAGUUGCUGCCAACUGACGACCACUGAUACAAAAGACACACAGCAGCAGCAGCAGCAAUCUGUGCAGCAAGGGUGCAUCUAGAUGCGCCGCCCGCCUUCUUUGCAGAUGCAAUUAACUAGAUAAAAAGGUUUCAAUUCUACACCGCGCCACUUUUCGGGAAAAGAGAUGCUGAGAUACAGAGAUGUCGCAGCGAAUGGAAUGCUUUCAGUGUUUCAUUUGAGUCGAAUGGCUUCGGUGUUUUGAGAUCUUCUUUUUUUUUGCUGUACGUUCUAUUUAAGUUUCAUUCGACAUGAAUUUUGCACUUCGUUGACACAUUUCCAUCUUUGGUUUGGUGGCUUUCGGGGACGGUCGGGGAGGAGACCUUCAUCCUUCUUCUUUAUAAUUUUUGUUCUCGUUGCUAGUUUCAGUUCUCUCUUACUCCUGUUUCCACUUGCAAGAUGAAUAAAUAUAAAAGUCCCACCGGGUUGGGAGCAAAUCGGCGAACUCCUGCAUGGACAGUCACGCUGUUUUCGGUGGGAAUUCCGCUUCAUCAGCAUUCCCGUUUUCCAACCCGUUGCGGCCACACAAGAAAUCUCGCUCAUAAACAACGGCACAUUCACAUUCGCAGUACGAUAGCAGUAGAAAGCUUGACAUACACACACGAACAGAGCAGAAAGGAAACGGAAAACGGAAUAGUUUUCUAUUUAAAACGGAAACGAUGCGCUCGCUUCCAGUUGCCGUCAGGAAUGGAAAUUGCACCUGCACGCGCUGUUCCGGCUGUCCGUGCGUUGCUAUCAUAUGCGAACCACACGGACUGCACGGUUGAGAGAUUGAUGCUACAGCUUUUGGUGUUGUUUUCGGUCCGAGUUUUACUUAUACUUUUUCUGAGCUUUUUUUUGCUUUUUCUCACAAAACAACCAACCAAGCGACAUCAAACGAGCGGCUGCAUCUAGAUGAAGAGCACUUUUUUCACUUAUUUCUGUCCACUGAAUCGGUCUUGCCGGUCGCUUUAGAAUGCAAAAUAUGCGAGAGUCUGCAAGUAAAAACUGUCCUUAAAAGAAGCAAGGAAAAGAAGGGAGAAAAAACAAAUCAUUUAAAUUUCAUAGCCGCUCUUUAAAAAAAGAUGAACAAAAAGCAAAAAGAUGCGAAAAUUGGGGCAAACACAUUUUAAAUUCACUCUCCAACUCGCCAUUCCUUUACGGACGACAAAUUUACUGGCUCGCCCCAGUAACUCCGCAGGAAAAUGCAUUUCAUCUGCACGAAUAACACCUCCAGCGCGGAGGUUGAGCACGCCGCUUCACGCCACAAUAAUUGCAUUUCACUUAUUAAAUCAACCCAAUUUUGCGCGUUCCUUCUGUCGCUGUCACGUUGAACGCUCGCAAAAGGAAGAGAAAAAAAAACAACGUCCCAGAGCGAAAUAAUAAAUUGAUCCGCGUUCGGCUUUCGGCUCGCACCCGAAAAGUGCGCACAUAAUCGAAUGCAACGUGCAUUAUGUGCAGCGGGGAGGGCAAAGGCGUUAUUGUUUAAAUACAACGCUUCCCCUUGUGUCGCAGAGCGCGAUCGUUUCACCUUCAGUGUCACGUGGCGCGUUCCGAAAGUUUAAAUUAAAAUUUUUGUUUUUUUUUUCUCGCUGCUCACCGUCACCGUCGCUGCGUGCAAAGUGCAAUGAAGAAUCUACGGGACACAGCAAGGUGCACGCGCAAGGGUGAAAAGCGUUGAAAAACUUUCCGCACAAGAUUCGCCGUGUCGCUUGCAGUCGCUUGUGCCGUUAUAAAUGCGCUCUUGCACUUCAUCGGCUGACGAUGAGCCAGCGCGCGCGCGCGCUCGGAAAGGGCAUUAAAAUAACUUUUAUGCUUAUCAUUUUAUGCAUCGAUGCGAGCCAUCUUCUGGACAAUCUUUUCCACCCCAGUGUUGUGUUGAAGCGCACCAUCGCAUCCUUUCGACAGGACGAUGGAAGUUUCAACAGGGGGCUAUGAAUUUCUCCUGCUCACAGCAUGAUCAUGCGAUGAUGAUCAUAGUUAUGAUGCUCUAUUGCUAUCUGUUUUUUGCAGCAGAUGACAAGCAAGAAGGAGCGUUUAUUCUUUUUUUAGAUGACUUUUAACUCCCCGUCUGAAAAUGGGAUAAGCAAAUUUGCGAGCUGAAACAGAAUGGAGCAGGAAAUUUAAAUUAAACCCAACUUCCACUGGAACUGAACGCUCAUCUGUCGAUGAGAUGGAGAUGAUCCUGUUUUCAGCCCUUUCUUUUUUUUUAAACAAAACCAAAUAAGUUGUUCCGGGACCGCUUUGACGUGUUUGUUUGCUUCGAUUCUUAUGUGUUAUUGGUUCUGUUUUUUGUGUGUGUUUUUUUGCAUGUUCCAGUUCUAUUUUAAUCCCUUACAUUUGUAGGCUUUAUUCUAUUUUUUCGACAGCAGGCGAACCGAAAACAAACAAACAACAACAACAAAAGCGGAGUGUUAUAGAAAAUUGAAUAUCGCGAUUAAAAACCAUUUCCAACUAGCCCACAAACCCCCUGGAAGGAUCGACAUGGGGGUAUGAAUGAUAGUGAAACAAACACGAAAAAGAGAGAAAAAAAAAGCUCCAAAUGGCCAGCCCGAUCACGAAUUGAUUUGACCAUAACCGGGCAGACGGGCCGAAUAUUGCACAUUGGCACAAACGAACCGAAACGUGCAAGGAAACCCAAAAACCGAAAAGCGGAACUCCCUGCAGCACUCUGUACCACAGGCGAGAGGACGUGUGCAUACGUUCAGAAAAAUCCUCAAACACACACGCACGCACACACACACACUGCUUUUCCGUUUCCGCUUACGGUGGAUCGCGUUUUGUGUUUGUGUGUUUUUAUCCUUGUUUGGUUAUGUUUUUUUUUUGUUUCGGUCAUAUUUCGAGCUUCCAUUAUUUUUAUUGAACCGAACAAGCGUUGUUGUGGUGUGGGUUAAAGUUGGGCGCUAUCUAAAGCGUAAGGAUGUUAUAGUUCGAAUGCUAUCAUGGAGCAAAACAAAAAAAAGGGCGCGGCGCGAGAGUUGGCAAACCGACACGGCGAAACGAGUGGCUAUUAAUUUAUUUAUCAUUUUGCUUUAUUUUAAGAGCUACAGUCGUGUGUGUGUGUGUGUGCAGGCGGUAGAACCGGCGAGAUACGCUUAACUCAGCUGACAGAACCCCUUUAUUUGCGCUAUGACUAACAAGGUGUUUACAGAGGGGUUUUGGGAACUUUUUGCCAUACAAAUUGCAUAAUUUUAGACGUUUUAAGGCGUUUUAUUAUACUUUAUUUGAUUUUAUCAACAAAAGAAGCGUAAAUUAUCAAACAAAAUUCAUUUAUGUAUUUAACUUAACAACAUGCCCGUCAUGGGUUCAACCCCCAAAUAGUCCGUGCCGCCAUACAUAGGACUGACAAUCUUGCUAUGGGAGGAAAUCAAAAAGUCACUGAAAGCCAAACCCGCAAGUGGUACAGGUAGGCCUUGACCGACAGCUGUUGCUGAGCCAGAAGAAAAAGAAGAAGAAUUCAUUUAUACUUCGCUCCUUGACAAGGAUUUUACCGAUCAAAAAAGCCUUUAUUGCACCUUAAAAAGCCAGGGACUGUUAAGGGCUCGCCAAAACAAAAAAUCCACACAAUAAUCUGCACGCAUUCUCGCUUCCGGAUGUUUGGGCCGGGUUCCUUCUCGCACUACUUUUUUCCCACGAAAUCGCCACGAAAUGAUUUAUUCAUCACAAAACGAGCCCCGUUACCCGUUUUGUGUUAUCGACAGCUUUCACAGAACAAGAGAUGUUCCUCUCCGCUGCUUUUAGGUUUUACCUUCGUGAAUAAUUACAUUUUUGUGUAUAACAACCACGUACGAACGUGUCCUUCCCUACAAGGCCUUUUUUGGGAAGCAUUGUGUGUGUGUUAACGUGAGUGUGGAGCAUCUUUUUUUUUGCGUGUGGGACAGGGGGUUACGAAAAUGUGUUACGCAGGUAAUUUCCAAUACUAUAUGCUGUGAAUAAUUAGUGCCAUACACGCGAAAAGCACGAUUAUCGUUGUAAGCUCGCUGCUGCUCUGCUGCGUACGUAGCAAAUGUGUAUUUGCUUGCCUCUGGAUCUUAAGCUCAUCUUACUCGUUGUUCUUGUGCGAUCAUUUAUACCUACGACACGUGAUAAGGAUAAGGAUGGAUGGUGUUUCCUGCAAUGAAUGUGAAUAGGUGUAUAAAUUUAACAUAUUUUGAUUACGUUUUGCGCUAAGCUUUCAAUAUUCCGUCUGUUUUUGUUCCCAUUUAUAGUCUCUCUGCAUAUUGAUGCGUGUUGAUUUUCAAUUGCCUAUGAGCGAGUUUCCAAUGAAUUCAAUCAACAUGGCAAUUUGGUGCUAAAUAUAAAACACCUCAAUACUAACCUGAUAUUGAGAAAUGACCUGUCAUUGAGCUUCAUGCAUGCAUUCAGCACUUGUUCUUGUUUGUGUAGAGGUGUAUCGAAUGGAAUAAAAUAAAAUUAAACCAAUUCAUCAUGUGUGUGAGACAACAUACCAAUGAAACAAAAAAAACUGAAACAAAAACCAAUAAAAUCACUUCAUUAAUCGUGAACGACAUCGAUCAUCAAAUGCGCUGUCCGAGUUGAUAGAGACUAAUAGAAGGUCAGCCUUCUGUUGUGUUGUGUUCAAUUCUGUGUUUUCUAUCAUUAUCUCUCCCACUACCAACCUUCCGCACUCCCGCACCAGCGCCGUUAUCACGAAUGGUUAAUUAUGAGUAAAUAAAAUUUGGAUUAAAUCAACCAUAACUCAUCCGUCGGGUGUGUUCCGCCGGGCCAGAGCUGGAUAUAAUCAGUAGCGAUAGAGGAAGAAAAAAAAGGGAGUGGGAACCGAAGCCAACAUUACUGUAGGGCAAUGCAAUGACCUUACCUCUCCCUGUUUUUUUUUGCACCACCCUCGCGUCACGGCACCCGGAGUCACGCAGUACACACAGAGGUUAAUUUAAUUAUUUAUCCUCCAACUCGGACACACACACUCAGAGGAUCGAUACUAGGCGUGUCGGGGCCGGUGCAGCGAAAGAAGUGAAACACAAUGAAUUGAAAAAGAGAUAGAGAGGGAGAAAGCGAAAAAAAGAAGUGAAAUAAAAUGCUUCCCCAAACCCUUUCGCUACCUUUCUGUGCCCUCCGCGCGUUUGUAAACUGACACUGCGGACGGGCGCUAUGGUUGUUAAUUGCUAGUAAUUAAAAUUAUUAUCACCACCAAGCACAAGAACGGGUGACGAGCGGGCGAAGGGAAUGCACAUUCUCACACCCUCUUCAUGUCGUUGCAUCAAAUGCAACAAAUUAUUAAACAAUCAAAACCGAACACACCGGGCAAAAGGGAGCCGAAUGGAAAGGGGAAUUGCGAGAACGAGUCAUAUGGUGCAAUCAGUGCCAUACUUCUGGUUGAUUGAGUGCGACCAAGAUAUACGGCUACGGCUGCAAUCUGGUCCAACUGCAAUCUGUAUUGCAGUUCACAGUACCAUUUGCUUAUUUAUAGAAAGUGUUUUUUUUUUUUCACUAAAAUGAACUGAACUUUCCGAAGAAAUAAAUACAGAAAAUAAAAAUAAGUAAACACCACAAGAAACACACACAUACAAACACACGAAUAGAUCAAAUCAACAGUUAAGCAUUACUAAUCUACUACUCCUUCUCCUUUCAAACCCCCAUAAUCAUUAAACUGUGUAGUGUAAACGAAUACUAGCGAAGGAAUGAAAAGAGAUGGAUUUGAGAAAUUAAACGAAACAGAAACGGAUACGUUGUAAGAUGUAAAACCGAAAAACUAAAUCAACAAGACUUAUCGAAGGGAAAGAAAAAGAAGAAGAAUAAAUAAAAACAAACUUAGAAUUUGUAAAAAAAAAAAACAACAACAACAACACGGCAAACCGAAACAGGAGAUUAAAAUUAAAAACUUCAAUAAACCGUAAAACGAUGCAUAACUAGACGAACGGUGAAGAAGAAAGUAGCGAACGUUAUUGAUAAACUAAUUACACAGCACGGCAAGCAGGCGGAGGAGGAGAGGAAGAAGGAGGAUGCUUUUCACUAGAACUGUCGUGUUCCACAAUCGAUAACCACCUUGGGAGGAAAAAACGAUUCCGGUGGGUGGCACUGGUAAAUGAAAGAGGAAAAGAAAAAAUAAAAAAGAGAGCAAAACCCAAAACAAAACAAGAAGUAAAGAAGAAACAAUCGGCUAGCAUUAAAGUAAAAAACGAAACUGUAAACCAAUAGAAAAAGCAAACAAUUAAACUGAACGAGAAUUGAGAACGAAAUAAUAAAUCCAAACAACAACAAACAAACCAAA